UUGUGAGACUCCACCCAUUUACGAGCAUCGGACACCUUCAGCAGCACAACAAAGCAUGUGCCGCUCCGCAACAUUGUUUCUCCUCUGAACGUGCGGAAUAUUGCAUUUUAUCGGAUUUUAUGCUGUUUUCGUCUCCAUUGAUGCGAAUCCUAGAUGGCUACCAUGACAACAGAGGCGAGUGCGGUGAGCGAGGCAGACACUGAGGGCAAGCAGAAGGCCAGUGGGGCAGAACCAGAGCCAGAACCUGAACCAGAGAACAAGCAGAAACCAGAGGCGGCAGUGUCUGACCCAGAGGGGGAGCCUUCAAGCAAGAAGGCCCAGGAGCAGACCUCCGAGCCUGGGACUGCAGAAGUAGCUACCUCCCCUGAGGAGGAGCAGCUGAAACCUCGUACCCGGACCUCGGCUGGCAAAGGUCUGUCACGCCUCUUCUCCUCUUUCCUCAAACGGCGCUCGCAGUGCUCUGAGGGAGAGGGGUUUGAGGCAGAGAAAGCCAGGGAGGACAAGGCAGACACAGAGGAAAAGGCCGACAAGGCAGGAGAGAAGAAGGAGGGAGAAGUGAAAGGUGAAGAGGAGGAGGUUAAGGUAGAAGAGAAGAAACCAGAAGAGAAACCAGAGGCAAAAGAAGUGAAAAAGAAAGAUGAAGCAAAUGUAGAGAAAAAAGAGGAGAAAAAGAAAGAGGAAGAAAAAGUUGAGAAGAAGGGCAGUAAAAAGAAAAAAAAAGAAGCCAAGAAGAAAGUAGAGAAAAAGGAUGCAGACAAAGUAAAACAGGAAGAGGUGAAAAGGGAAGAGGAAAAGCUUGCUCAGCAAGAGUAA